UCCAGCCAUCAACAAGAAACAAGCUGACAUCUUCAUUCCUCAGUAUCGCCAACUCUAACCAACUCCAAUAGAACGUGUUGAUUUACUGGUAGUAACAUGUAGGUUAAAAGUAUACGGCGAUUUUCCAGUUUUCCCACCGCUUCGUUAACGUGAAUGAAGCAUCAACCUUCAGGAUUAUUUCACUGGUUAUGCGCAUGGAUUGAAACAUUGGAUUCUACGGAUUUAUCAUUGAAAUAUAAAAAAAUGAUCUGUAACAACUGGACUGAUACUUGAAGAAAUGCUUUGUUUACUUCAGUGUAGCCACCACACACGGAUAGUAGGAAAGAUUAAAAAAUUAUCGGAAGCAAUUAUCGUUCGCUUACAUGUUUAUGGGCAACAGAGACACAUAUGGAGCGUUCACAGUUUCCUACUUGAACAUCCCAUCCUAGUGAUGUACGAACGUAACCGGGUGUAGCCUUGAUCGACGAGUUUAUUCUAGCUGUACAAGAUUCAGGCAGAACAGGAUCUUUGUUUGUAUACACCGUUUGCCUUGCAGAGCGGAGGCUUGGAUACACAAUCUGUUGUCAUAGAAAGUUUCUCACAGGACUACAAGAACAAAAUGGAAACGUUCGAGGCAUAUGACGAGUCUAUGGUCACCGCAGCAAAUUAUCAGUGUAACAUUGUCCAAACCGUGAACAAUCAGGCGCCCAAGGAAGAGAUAGAAGUACGGAGUAGAGAGAAUCAUGACACGUUGACGUUGCAACAGCAACAGACGGAGCAGAUGCAUCAGGUGACGCAGAUCGAGUCGAAUAUCCAACAGAAAGCAAAUACGGUUCGAUUGCCCGCUUUAUUGGAUGGAGAGUACUUCCAGGUGAUCAGGGUGGAAGACACUAACGUUACGGUACGUUGUCAGCAGUGUAUGAAAUUGCUCAACGGCAAUCUGAAGUCCACUGGGAAUUUUCUCAGUCAUGUAAAGCGAUUGCAUCCCUCUUUGAUGACCAAAAUAAGGUGCAAAUCUAGUCAGAGGAAACCCGCGAUAUAUGUCAACUCGACGUUACCUGAUAAAUGCUCCGAAAUAGUGCCGGGAAAGCGUGCAGCGAUACAAAAUAAGAAGCGCUGUAAAACGCAGGAGGAAUGUACGGCCGAAAAGAACGAGUCUUACGAACAACAUGCGGAUUGGAACGACACAUCGUUAAUCCGGGGAUCCGACGAGUCGGAAUCGGCGGAUCCAUCCCUAAGAAUAUCGCAUAAUAAUUCAUUCAUAAUGGAGGACGAGUACGAUGCAAUCGGUCGCAACGUUGCCGCCAAGCUCAGGAAUAUGAGACUGGACCAAAGAAUAAUAGCUGAGAAAUUGUUGAAUGACAUUUUAUUUGAGGCUCAGCUCGGUAAUCUUCACAGAGAUUCGAGUAUUCACGUGUGAGAAUAAUAUGUACAACGGCUUGUGAGUCGAUAUUAUACAGGAUGUAUAAAAAGUACCGGGACGGCGAAAUAUCUCGAAAAUUAAACAUUUUAGGAAAAAGUGUUUCAGAUAAAAGUUGUAGGAUUUCAAAAGAUCUAUUACUGGCGCAAUAAGUUUGACCUUGGGUGGCGUCGCUAAGGUCAGUCAAGGUUACAUCAUAGGUCAAACUCAUUGCGCCAGUAAAUAGAUCUUUUGAAACCCUACAACUUUUACCUGAAACACUUUUUCCUAAAAUGCUUAGUUUUCGAGAUAUUUCGUCGUCCCGGUACUUUUUACACACCCUGUAUAUCUUCUAGUAAAUAUCGUGAAAGAACGAACUCGAUUUGGCGAAAAGCGACGUGAUAUGAUUAAUACAGUUAUCUGAUUAAUUAUAUAACGCGCAUGUUGGUAUGUGUGUGUGCGUAAAGAUUGCGCGCUUAUGGAUGAAUGGACAAUUUUCGUGAAUAAUAUUAGCGUUAUAGCCUUAUUGAAGGACGAAUACUUUAUACUUUUGUGAUAUAUCUUUUAAACUUCUACGUGAUCGUCCCGAGAUCAUUAUAUUUGGAUUUUCAGAUGAAGAUGAAAAGUCUAAUUAUUCCGAUGAUUUCAGAACGAUACACAGUA